AUGGCGAGUAAGGGUAGCUCGCCACCCGACCAGAACCAGACCCGAGCGUACGGCGCGUACGGGCCCUAUAGGGCUCAUUUUCAGCCGGGGUUGCGGGUCAAGCGCAAUGAGUCACCGCAGCCUGCCUCGGCCCAGAGAAAAAUGAUCCGACGACCUUUAACAGAAAUCACCUUAAAGUUAGAUGAUCUUCAAGAAUAUGAAUCUUUCCGGAGAGAGCAAGGAAAUAAUUCUUCAUCAACCACUGAAAUGCAGGAAGACACUCCAAAACCGUUAGACGUUGUGAAAACUAUAGAAGAAAUUCAUAACAGAAUUGGAUAUGCUCCUAAGAAAAAACUGAGCGGUCCUAGUACUGUGUAAAAUUUAUAGCAAAGUAAAUAGUUAAUUAAGAAAUAAAACUUUAAUUUGCGGAAAGAAUCUUUAUUUGUAUUUAAUCACUUGUAAUUUAGUACAUCGAUAUUUUUUCAAUAUUACAUUUAAAACAAGUAGAAUUAGGUAGUAAAAGGGACUAAGUUUAAAUACUUAGUAACUUAAAAAACUAGUGAAUAAACAGCAAAAUUGAUUGUGCUCUUAAAUAUAAUAAAAUGCCACGAUGCUCCUUUCCAUUAACAUGUAAACACCAAUAAAAAGUCCGUAUCUG